CGACUAUUUUAGUACGGGAGUCAUAAUAAGUUUUCCUUAAGCGAAUACUUUUAAAACUAGCUUGGCCCAGUAACUUCACCUUGAGUCUUUUCACCAUCCGCGAUUUCUUUCCGAGAAAACAACUUGAUUCAUCAACUUUUCAAAGUACGGCAUACAAAGUACAACUUCAAGAUCCAUCUUACUUUCAACGAAUCUCGAAUCGCAUACUAUUGAUUGAUUCACUUCAAUCAUAUCAAAUUCUUUACAUAAAUUCAAUUCGCAUUGUCGCAAGUCACCACUUUUACACAAAUCGCGAGUCGCGCCAUCGCCCGAGAAACAUCUCAAGAUGGUUGGAGCUCGCCGCACACGCGCCGCAGGUGCAAGUCCAGGUGGUUUUAAAUCACUUGAUGAUAUCCCAAAGAAGUCUACACGUGGAAGAGGAAAGAAGAUUAAGGCCGAACCUGUCGAGCCUUCAAUCGAGUCCGAGUCCAGUGAUCCAUUCAUCACUCCAGCCGAAGCUAACAAUAAUACGGAGUCGCAAAAGACUCAAUCAUCUCCUGCAAAUGCAUCCAGGGCAAAUUCUCCCGAUUCUCAAUCACCUUCACCCACGCCAGACGAUUCACGCUCUACCUCCCCUCCACCUAAAACCAACAUCGCAUUUAACGACGCGUCUUCGGAUAACGACGUCAUCAAUCAUGAGCAAGCCGCUCCGCCCAUCGCUCCGCUAGAAUCCAAAAAGAGAUCUCGAAAGGACGAGCCUUCUACCCAUGAAAGCGGUGGAAUUGCAAACACAGAAGAAGACGUUGAGCAGAGGGCCGGCAAGCGUACACGCAUUGCUCCGCUGGAAUCCAAAAAGAGAUCUCGAGAGGACGAGCCUUCUACCCACGAAAGCGGUGAAAUUGCAAACACAGAAGAAGACGUUGAGGAGAGGGCCAGCAAGCGUACACGAAGGCAGCAAAGUAGUGGUGUCGAAGAUGUCGCAGCUGAAGCUGAGAAAUCAACCGAACCCGAACUUGAACCCAAGAGGAAGUCCAGAGGUCGACCCAGCAACCGCACAAAGGCGACUCCCAAGAAGCCUGCAAAUAAGACUCGUGGUCGCAAGCAAGAUCCAAUUGUCCUCAAUGACAGCAGCUCAGAUGAAGCAGCUGAGACAACUAUAUCACCUCGUCAAUCUCGAUCAACAUUUACACCAAAACAACCUGCUGUUCCUUUUUCACAUACUCCACAACAUCAGCAAGAAAUUUCCUCGUCUGAAGACGAGCCUACAGGCCCUACUCCAUGGGGAGCCAAUCACGACUUGAAUGUUUUCGAUGCAUUGAGGCAGUUAAAUUUUCUUGCACCUCACCUUUCGAAGAGCAACAAAAUUCGUUUACUAUUUGGGCGUCCAUUAGAAGGCGAAGGGCAAUAUAUUGUCAAGGAAGUUGCUCAAGGCGCCAAUGGGAUUCCAUUACCGGGCAAAGGGAAAGAGGUUGUCAAGGAAGUUACUCCUGGCGCCAGUGGGACUCCAUUACCAGGCAAAGGGAAAGGGAAAGAGGUUGUUAAGGAAGUUGCUCCUGGCGCCAAUGAUGUAUGUCUCAAUAGUUCACGUGAUAAUUUGUUCCAUGAUGCUAAUAUAUCCAAGGUGGCUCAUCUGAGUGAGCGCAAGACGACCGCUGUAGCUUCUUCUAGUGGAAAUCUUUCCCAGACCGAUGCUGCCUAUUCAGCUCCUCAACCUCCGUUUGCGAUGAGAUUAACGGAUCCUUAUUUAGUAGCUGUGGCCAAAGUCUUCACUAAUCAUAAGAAAAAUUCAAAGGCAUUGCCAUCCAUCGAACAGGUUACGGCAUUUCUUACUGCCUUUGAUGCACAACAACCUCUGUACAAUCCAAAGGCGCAAAUGGUUACUCAAAAGCCCACGCGUCCUCCGCAAGCGAAAAAACCUAAACGCUCAGGUUUUUGUGUUCCCGAUACUGAUAGUGAUGACACUGAUAUGUCAGAUGGGGAAGAAGCACAAGUUGUCGAUGAACCAAAAACGCCUGAAGCACAAAUUCCCCCUUCGCAAGAUGCAAGCCCUCAAGGUACCUGGUGGAACACCAUCUCUAAUUUUACCACGAGGAUUACCAGCCCCUUCCGCAAACAGUCCACUGCUGCUUCGGAUCCGCUUUCUAGCGACAAAAUUGCCCCACCCUUUAUCUUCAACCAGCCACCAACCACUCCUGCCGCAGUUCCCCUCAAACAUAUGUCCCAUUCAGAUCGCAAACGCAAUAAUGGCAACAACGUUCAAGGGCGUCUUGCCGGCUUUCAAACAGAACUUCAUCCAAGGCACAGGCAUGUUGAAGAGACACCAGCCCACAUCCCUAGCGUGUUCAAUUGGGCAGAAAUUAAGGAGAUGCACAAAGCACAGGAUGAAUACGCCGCGAGGCGUCGUGAAUUGUAUCCUCCCACUGAAGUCAAUCAAGACAUACAUAGGAAUGCACGAGCGUCUCAAAGAGCUGCGGUCACUACUCCUGUCGAGGCAGAAACCUCAGCAACUACACAUGCUAAAGCAGGCGAGAAGCGUGAUGCUGACGGUGCACCGAAGCCGCGCACCAGCCAACGCUGGAAUGAUUUUCUGCGCGACGAAACUCGUUUUGGUCCUGGUUUCGAUCCUAGAUGGAUUCGAUGCCGAAAUGGUCUUUUCAUUAGAGAGAAUUGCACUGACAGACAAUUUGAAACCAACUACAUUGUGACCGAUGAUGAUCCUUGCUGGGCAGAUCAUUACCGCGAUAUUGACGCCUUCCCGAAGCAAGAUAUUUUCAAGCCAGCAGGCGUUCAGAAUCCUCUCAACUCCGCACAGCUUCUUGAGCAAGCAAAUCUACGUGCCCGAGGCGUUGCUGGUAUCCCAGACGAGAGCGAAAAUGAUUACACGUAUAUCACUGAUGAGCUACAGAAGAGCAUGAUCUUUUACCUGGGAAGUCCUUACAAUAGGUUUGAAAUUCCAGGCAAGAGACUCACCUGGGAUCACAUGGAAAACAUCAAGGAAGGAAUCCCUCUUCUCAACCCUCGCGACGAAUUCGGAAUCGCUAUCAAGACACCUGGUUUUGAUCCCAGAAGACCAACGCGCGAGCAGAAGACAACCAACGUCUUCCAACAACUUCAUGAUUGGGACAAGAAACACUAUUACAAGGACGCUGUUGAAAUGAAAGCAGGCAGAAUCCUUGAGCCAAAGCAAUGGAGUCAAACGCCUCCACCAAAACCCAAGCCUGGUAACGCCAAGCUUCCCGGGGCCGUCGAGCAAACACCGGCUCCAAUCUCUGAGGCUGUAAAACACGCCAUGAGCAGAGCCAAUAAAUAUUUACCAGCAAAGGGCAGUGGCCUUCGACAGGUUUCCAACAUGAGCCCUCUCCAAGCCGAGCAAGAAAGGGUAAUCCAAGCCGAGCAAGACAGGGUAGUAGAAGCGGCGAAGGAGUCUAAGCCUAUGUUCAAUUUCGACUUCAGCGAUGAAUCCCUCGGCUUUCACGUUGACCCUCUUGUCAAAGAAUGUGUUCUGGAGCGCCUCGGCGAAGGUUUCGUUCCUAUCACACCCAUGCCCGAUCACAUCUGGCAUGAACAUUACGAUCUUCAGCGAGGCGAGGUAGAAACAGCCGUUGCUAAAUUGUUUGAGGGAAUUGACCCCAGACUGUUUGGCUCUAUGCAUAACGGUAUCAAGGUUCCAGAGCAACCGGAUAUGGCUAUUGAAUUUACUUCGGAAAGUCCAACUAACCGACCCGCCCUCAAAUUAUGGUAAGAUUGAGCUGAGUUGAACCAGUCACAAGGUCGAGGGUCUUGUAUCCCUUGAGGCACUCGACUUUCAAUCAAACCACAAACUCAUUAAUUGAAAACGCUCCUACUCUGGUUGCGGGGCUCUCCCUUGAUGGCUUAUAUCCAUCAGGCAUGUGAGUCGCCUUGAAAUUAUUGAUUUGGUUCCUGACUGGUCACAUUCUUGCUCUCUCCAUCUGGGUCACACUGUUGGCUUUCUUGAUCUAAUUUACACUAUUGGGUGCGUGAUGGCACCACCUUCAUGUCUGAGUUUCCAACGAUCGGUUUCAUGGCGUACUCAGAAGCGGCGAAUUAUGAAUACGAUCAAUAGCUUCCUUUUCCCCGCAUAAAAUUUAAACACAAAUUCCAUCCCUCGGAUGAGUGACUUGCAUACACUAGCAAAAUACAGUUCCUCCACAAAAGUCUAUAAGUCUUUUUCGGACACUACCAACCAGAUGAACUUUUACAUCGGCACAUGAAUUUUACAUUAUGUACAUACUUACAUCGAGAUUUCGAAGUACCACGGAUACUAUUUAACAAAGCUGGGUGUGGAAGGUCGCUACUUCUACUCACAUUGUUGCGUCCAAUUCGACAUUCUUCGAUUUCUCACCUUUUACAAUUACAAGAUUGAACAUAUCAACUUUGUUAUCAGUACGCCAUACAUACAUACGGCGAACUUUCUUCAAGAAAUGAGGACAGGAGUCGUUCAUUUCUUUGGGAUAGGACCCUAGAACUGGGUCGGGAUGGUGAGAUCCCAUUACCAGAUUGCUGCUGCUUAGCCAACUUUCUUUGCUUCUUCCGCUAUUUUCUCUAUGGAAGCUACAUAUCAGGACUAGUGGGCAGCGACGGUUUAUUAUAUGGAUGGAUGACAGUGGUGACUGUUGGUUAUAAGAAGGGAUUGACGCGGUGGAGUCUGUUGAUUAUAUCGAUGUAUGGAUGGAUGCUGGUGCUGGUGCUGGUGCUGGUUGUUCAUUGUAUGUAUGGAUGAUCGGAAAAGUUUUGAAGAUAGUUGGUCGUGCGUUCUGUGCACCCAUUUCUAUUCUUUUUGUAUCCCAUUGUGGGGACGUCCCCCCAUGAUGCGUCUGAUUUUGUUUUUCUUUUAAAGGGUCUUUUGGAGUUUCCGUCAUGGGGACGUCCCCUCAUGACGAGUCUGUUUUUACGCUGAAGUGCCGAAGCAUUUCCAUCAUGGGGACGUCCCCUCAUGAUGUUUCUUUUAAGGUCUUGGAGUUUGAUUUUACGCUGAAAUGUCGAAACAUUUCCGUCAUGGGGACGUCCCCUCAUGAUGUUUCUUUUGUAUUGGAGUUUGAUUUUACGCUGAAAUGUCGAAACAUUUCCGUCGUGGGGACGUCCCCUCAUGAUGUUUCUUUUAUUCUGGAGUUUGGUGUUUCCGUUAUGGGGACGUCCCCCCAUGACGAGACUGAUUUUUUGAUUUUGCGGGGGUUUGUUUGGUCUGAUAUAGUCAUGUAUGAUGCAAUGCUUGGAGAAUCCAAGUACGUGUAGCGGGCGGUGGAUUGAAAAAAGAAUAUUGUGAAUUUGGGAGAUUGUGGACCUGAGAGGUUCUGAAUCGUGCUUGCUGAAGAGGACUAUGUGUUUGUUAAGGAGAAAGUCUUGUCACUGCAUUGUAUUGGAGUUGGGAAUCGGCAUGGUUGAUUUCAUUUGAGGGAGUCUCAUGGUUUGCUGGACGCAGUGGACCGUGGGGUUUCGUCUCUGAAAAGAUUACAUCCAUGCUGUAUUAGUAUUGGUCUUUUAGUCCACUUUAGCACGGCAUUGCCAUGGAGUUUGACUUUCUGGGAUAGGUAUUGGGCAUGACAUGGAUCGUGGAGUAUGGGUUAGUUCUAAGCAUGGAGCAUUUGGUGUGUUAAGCGUUGCAUGAGCAUUACCAGCAAGGUACUAGAGAUGCCAUGAGAAAACGAGAUGGGAAUGGUUUGAAUUUGUAAGCGUUGUCUUUACAGGAAGGAAGCAAGGAUGGGUUUCAAUGGUGGAAUGAACACGGAAUGGAAUGGCUUAACGGGCUUGAUUGAGUAAUUUGUAUAGGAUACAAUGAAUCGUUUGAGAAAACUCUUG